GUGUCACUGACACCACGACACAUUCCCGAGUCUCGACCGACCCGGCUCCAGCGCUUCUCUUCUCUCCGAUCUUCCCCUCCCGCACCAUCUCCCCCCGCGCCUCCUCCGUCCGCCGCCGCGUAUCCUCUUCUCGCCACCGACCAAGGUACCCGCCCUUCGCCCCCGGACUCCUCGCCUCCGAUUCCUUAACCCCAAGAAGACGGUGGAAGAGAGACAGACCCCAGAGAAGGGCGGGGCAAGAUGAUCGGCGUGGGGAAGGCGAAGCAGUACACCAACGUGCUCGACAAGCCCCUCAGCCGCGGCAGGCAGGAGGUCAGUUUGAGCGCAUUCGCAUUCUUGUUCUCAGAGUUAGUUCAGUACAACCAGACACAAGUUGACAACAUUGCUGAGCUGGAACGGAGACUGGAGGAUGCUGGUUAUGCUGUCGGUGCAAGGGUGCUUGAACUUCUCUGUCACAGAGAGAAGGGAAAUAGACGAGAGACACGACUUUUGGGGAUUUUAUCAUUCAUCCACACCACUGUAUGGAAAGUCUUGUUUGGAAAGGUGGCUGACUCACUUGAGAAAGGAACAGAACAUGAGGAUGAAUACAUGAUUAGUGAAAAGGAGCUUCUUGUUAACAGGUUCAUUUCCGUGCCAAAAGACAUGGGAGCAUUCAACUGCGGAGCUUUUGUUGCAGGAAUUGUAAAGGGUGUAUUAGAUAAUGCUGGCUUUCCUGCGGUAGUUACUGCACACUUUGUACCAAUUGAAGGCCAGCAAAGGCCAAGGACGACAAUCUUGAUUAAGUUUGCUGAAGAGGUUUUACAUCGAGAAGCAAGACUUGGCUGAGUUUUAUGCUAUAUAUGUACACCACACCUUUUUUUCUGGUCUAUUUGUAAGGUGAAUCUUUGUUGGGUAGUUUCGUGGUUUCUGGUACUUGAUUUAUGUAAUAGUAGUUUGAGAAUAUAAGUGAUGAAGGUGAGAUUGAAGGUAUUUAUCAUUCUUGUUGGAAUUGUAACUGUAAGACAUUGCUUUAUCUACUAAAACUGCUCCUGUAAUAGAAAUAUGUGCCUGAAUGUUUACCUUAUAUCAAAGAAAUCUUUGAGAAAUCUUUGUUGUA